GUCGUAUGUGAAAGUAGUUCCGGGCACUUAACCCAAACGGGGGAGAGUCCCGGAUGUUGGCUCGGCCGCCGAGAGAAAGGCGAACGGGGGAAGGCGGAGAGGUAGCUGAGGAGGGACGCCACGGCACCGCGGGUUCACCGGCGAAGCUACAGCUACGGCGGCUGCUCGCACUGGACGAAGACGCCAAGAGCACAGGACGCUCCUGGGGGGCUCCCGCUAGGUCAACGAGAGGAGGUGGAAGGAAGGGGAGGGGGCACCUACUCUGAAACUACCGUGAGGAUUACGGAGAGCCACCGUCACAGCAGCUUUCAUCCAGACGUUGACUUAAAGAAGAUGAUAUGCUGAUGUCCUGAGCUGAGGGGGCCCUGACUUCAUUCUCAACUUGUCUCACUUUGUUAUUGCACACCUGAUCAACUCAUCGAACACCAAAAGGCCACCACCUCCAUCUAUUCCUCACCCCCAUCCUGCCCAGCCUGUCGUCACCAUGACGUCGGAGCUGGAGAGUAGCUUGACCUCCAUGGAUUGGCUUCCUGAGCUGACCAUGCAGGCCGCCAUCCGCAAAGCUGACGCCCAGAAUACCCAUGGGCCCGGCAUGGGAAAGAAGGCUCUACUGGAUCCUAACACCACAUUGGACCAGGAGGAAGUGCAGCAGCACAAGGAUGGUAAACCACCCUACAGCUAUGCCAGUCUCAUCACAUUUGCUAUCAACAGCUCGUCGAAGAAGAAGAUGACACUGAGCGAGAUCUAUCAAUGGAUCUGUGAUAAUUUUCCCUACUACAGGGAGGCGGGCAGUGGCUGGAAGAACUCGAUACGGCACAAUCUGUCAUUGAACAAGUGUUUUCUCAAAGUGCCUCGCUCCAAAGAUGACCCAGGAAAGGGCUCUUACUGGGCCAUCGAUACCAACCCAAAAGAGGAUGCCUUGCCUACACGGCCAAAGAAGAGGCCGCGGUCUGGAGAGCGGGCUUCUACGCCAUACAGCCUGGAGUCGGAGUCUUUGGGGAUGGACUGUAUGAUCUCUGGAAGUGCCUCUCCAACGCUGGCAAUCAACACUGUGACUAACAAGGUGGCAUUGUACAACACAGACCAGGAGGGGAGCGAUAGUCCGAGAAGCAGCCUUAACAACAGCCUGUCUGAUCAGAGUCUGGCCUCUGUCAAUCUCAACAGUGUGGGCAGCGUGCACAGUUAUACACCGGUGACCAGUCAUCCAGAGCCUGUGUCCCAGUCUAUGAGCCUCUCACAGCCCCCGCAGUCCCAGUACAGCAUGCCAGACAGGGACAAGCAGCUCCUGUUUUCUGAAUUUGAAGAUCUCAGUGCCUCCUUCCGAAGCCUUUACAAGUCUGUUUUUGAACAGUCCUUCAGCCAACAAGAUCUCAUGGGCAUACCACCGGAUUCCUCCCAGCAGACCCACACGUCCUGCUCUUAUUCUCCCAGUGGCACCAUUAGUACUCAGAACAGCCUGUCAAACAACCAACCCAACAGCCACUCUGCCAACAGUGGCCAGGUGCCCUUGUCCCAUCCCGCCCAAGCUCAUCCCGGUCACGGCUCUCCCCACGCACAGCACCUCCCUCAGCACGGCCACAACCAACACAACCAACACGCCCAGCACAGCCAACACAGUCAGCAUCAACAGCACUCCCAGCACCCACAGCACGCUGCGCACCCCCAACACGGGCAGCAUCCACCGCAGCAUCCGUCCCAUGGCCAGCACCCACAGCAGCACACGCCACACCCCUCCCAACACACGCAGCACAACCAGCACCCUUCUCAACACGGACAGCAGCAUCAGAGCCUCUCCCACCAGCCCCAUCCUUCCCAGCAACAGAUGGCCUGCAACACAGGUUUACUGUCUGACUGGUACCCAAAUCUGGAUGCACUGAAAGAAAGCUGUCGUAUUGCUAGCAGCUAUAACUGGGCUGAUGUCGACCUUUCACCUUUCCAAGGGUUAAGAGAGAGUAUGAGACAAGCGGAGUUGAACAACUGGUCUCUGGAACCCACCCAGAUUGCAGACCUCUGCUCGUCCAUCAACCAGUUCUUUGCGCGCACGGGUGUAAUCCAGCCACAGGGGGCAGUGCCGCCUCCUGUCUGCCAUGGCUCCAUGCACCCCAACAAACCCAGCCAGCACCUCAAUGCAGGAAAUCUCUACAUGGAGAGACAGAACAUGCCUAUGAUAAGUCCUCCAGGAUAUCCCCACAUGCCCCCAAUGAGCAGCGCAGGACCCACUAUGACAGGACACCAUGCACAGAUGAACCAGCAGCACAUGAUACCUACGAGAAACUUCCAAAUGCAUCGCAUGCAGGCUGAUGACAUCCAGGAUGACUUUGAUUGGGACUCCAUUGUCUAGCCCCAAGGCCUCCUGUUUUUGCAAACAGAAGGGAGCAAAGAGAGGAGGUAGAAACCAGGAAGCCAGGCUGAGCUGGAAGGCCCCAGGAGGAGGAGGAAGAGGCCGCUGUGGGUGGGAUGCAGAAGAGACAAGCUUCGGAGAAAGACAGACUUCAGAGUCCUGACAUUUUUACAAAAGCAAAGCAUAACUAGAAAAUGUUACUUUGAAGACAAUCAUUUAGUCGGACAUGUUAAAGUGAUUGCUUACGUACUUGUCUAGAGACAGGUAGAACACAUUCAUGUCUACACCACAUGCUCCUGAGCUCUCCAGCCAGCCCUCUCCCCCUCCCUAGCCAGCAGCCUUCCAAAGUCGGACCCCCUCUGCCCCCCGACCCUCUGCUCCGUAACUGUUAUGUGAUUUGAGCGACGUGUUCAGCUUGUAAUUCUUCUCGUGUUGACAUCGGCCUCCGCUGCCUCUUGGAUCAGUUUAUCUCUCUCUUUUGUUUUUUUUUUUUUGUUUUUUUUCCUUUUAGAAAUACAGGCCGUCUCUUUAAGUAAUGUGAUGGUGCUUGUUGGUCACUUUUGGGAGAAAGUGGGCCCCGCUGUGGCUGAAUUGGUGGUAAAGUUAGGUUUACAAUAAAAAGGUUCUGAACAGGGUGUUAAAAGUUUAAGGCUUGGCAUUCGACAAAGCAAGAGCGAGACAGAAAGGGAGAUUACAAAGUAUAGUGAUCUGUUUAUAGCCAAACCAAUGUGAUCAGGCUCACAGCAACCAGUUUGGGGAGUACAAUGUUUUUUUUUACUUCUCUGUCGCAUGCACUUCAAGAUGAGUGAACGUGGUGAGUGUGAGUGGAUGGGAAAAGCAGGAAGGACAGACGUUACCAGUAUCUUUCCACUGUAAACUGAGGCUUAGAUUCUGUGUGCAUCCUGUAGAUUAGGAUUCAAAAACCGGCAAAGUUCAUCAGUUUGGAUGAUUCGCCUGUUGACCGGCUCCAAAGUCACCAUUUAAAAUCAAAUAUUUAAUUAGGCAGUUGAUCCCAUACCGUAAUUAUAAAAAAAUAUUGUCUAAUACAGACUAAUGGGACUCACCAACUUGAAACACACUACAGUGACUAGUGUGAACAUUUCUGAGAUUGAUUCAUGGCCGAUAGGAAUUUCGUCCUAUGUUGAACUUUUCCUGUAAAGAAAAGAGUUUAUUUGUUAAUCUGCUUUUGUUUGUGAAAUUAUCUUCAUUCAAAUUCACGCCUUCUUCCGUCAACGUGCAUUCUCCACGCCACACUCAGUGUUUGUCAAUUCUGACAUUUAAAAAUACCUUUUUUUUAGUUGCCCAAAGUUUCAUUGUAAUAGAAGAUUUUGUACAAGAUUUUAUUGAACAGAAUGAGAAAUGUGACUCAUUUCACUGUGUGUGUGUGUGUGUGUGUGUGUGUUUGUGUGUGUGUAGGUGUGUGUUGCUUUAAACAGAUGGUAUGUGUGUGUUUUGAGUUUAUUGUAAUUUUAGGGCUAUGAUUGAUUGCUGCAAUCAUCUCUCUGCUAUCUAUGAGCACAAACGCAGAUGCACACAGUGGUUAAAGACUAGAUUAGCGAUUUGAGCGUUUUUGUUGUGAGAAGGGUUUCUCAAGCACAGAACAGGGAGACCUGCGGUUCCAGAGUCCUGUCGCCUGUGUCCUGUAACAAGUGGCUCCUCAAUCAGACAGGUGCUGAACUUUAGAGACACUAUGUUGGAACAAAGCCCUUUGCACACUUUCAUUUUUUUGUUGAUCCUCACCAUUUUAAAGAUGCAAAGCACUCAUUUUUCUUUCAUUCAUUCAAUAUUAAAGCCUUAGGUUAAUGAUCUCACCCCUCCUGGCGAUGCAGUGGAGCGCUUCUCCUCACUGCAUCUUCGCUGAACUGUUUAUGGUGCUUUGCAUCCACGACACUGUGUGUCAUUGUUUAAGGAAUAGUUCUACACUUUAAGAAAUAUCCUUCAGUGCUGAUCUUGUGUGUGUGCUCGGUAAAUACAAAGUUACAGUCUGCUGCCAGUUAGCUAAGCUUAGCAUUGAAGCCAGAAGCCUCUUUCAAAGGUAACCAAAUCUGUUGAAAUCUCCUCUGCUGCUGUUGUGGCAGGCAGGAUUUAUUAACUUCCUGCUUUUGUAACGUGUUAAUUAGUGAGCCACUCUUGUUUCCGGGCUUCGUGCUAAGCGAACAGACAGGUUGUAGCUUCCUGUUUACUAAACCGACAUGAGAGCAGUGUUUCACUGUACUUCUGAUUUCAUAUUGGAUGACAAUCAUGACCUUUUUUUUUAUAAUCUUGCAUAAUGUCUUUGUAAUUGUAAGAAAAGGCACUUUCAGGUCUCACAUAAUUGUUUUAUUGGAUGUUAAAAACCAUGACUUUGAACCCUUAGAAGGAUGUUUGAAACCAGCCCAUUCGUAGAUGAAGUUCUCCUCUUUCAACUGAUGAUACUGCCGUUUACUUUUAUAUUGUCAGCUGAUGGUUGUUUUGGUUUACCUGCCAGUCAAAUCCACUCUGCUCCUGCUUCUUUCUUGCUUUGUUUUGUAUGUCCGCUGUAUCUGGGAGAUGACGCCACCUGUGGAGCUCAACCAUGAAUUUUUUCAGUUUUUGACGAACUGCCUGAUUUUUAGAACUAGUACCCAGACGUAAUAUCUAAUGAGUGACCCAGAUCGUGACUGUGUUAAAUGAGUGUGGGCUAAAGGACUGCAACUGGAGGUGGCCGCAUAGAGCACCAGUGUGCACCCAUUAGGGCUUGAUGGAGCCGUAAUGGUGAACUUCCUGCCAACGCGAGGUGCGUUUCAGCUGUUCCAGGCGAAGACUGCGAACCACUGCCGUUUGAACGCAUCGGUCCACGGAGGAACGAAACAUUUGCAAAAUCGAUGUGGCUAAAAGGGAAAAAGGUGACGACAAUGACUGGAUCACGAUUGAAGAGUACUGUGUGUGUGUGUGUGUGUGUGUGUGUGGGUGUGUGUGUGUGUGUGUGUGUGUGUGUGUGUGUGUGUGUGUGUGUGUGUGUGUGUGUGUGUGUGUGUGUGUGUGUGUGUGUGUGUGUGUGUGUGUGUGUGUGUGUGUGUGUGUGUGUGUGUGCGUGUGAGUCGUUCAAAUGACGUUUUAAGUUUUUACAUACCGCUGGACAUGUACCUGCCAGAGAGAUUAUUACUGGGAAAAACAGAUGAAAAGCUAAAAAAAUGCCUUGUUACACCACGGGAGAGAAACGCCAACGAAUACUGCUGAUUGGGGCCUAUUUUAUUCAGUGCUGGUGUGUUGUUGUGCUUGUACAUAUAUGUCUUUUCAAUCAUCCCUUUUUUCCUCUUGGGGGUGGGGUAUCAAGACAGGGUGGGCUUCUUCAUGAAAGAGAGGAGGGGAGACAAUAGAGUAUUUUGUUAUUGUCCAAUCAGAGGGUGACAGUAUGUAUAUAUCUAUAUUGUAUAUAUGUGAUGAAAAUGCGUUGGCUUUUUGUGUGACACUACCUUUUACCUGUACUAUGGUUCUACAUUCAGUGUUUCAGUGUUGAUAAUAUAUAUUUGGUUUGUGUUCUUUGUUUUGUUUUUAUUUUGAUUUUGUCUUUGUCAUUUCUUGUAUUUUUUUCUCCGAUUUGUCUUUUGUUUUUGUUUAUUGCACGGUUUAUUCCUUUCGUUGUCCAAUGAGGUGACACAGCUACUCUUUGUAUUCGUUUAGUGCUGUAAAAUAACUCAAGUGUUAUUAGAAUUGUCGAUACCACCGCCCACCCCACCCCCUUCCUCAAUAUGCAUGAAUGGCACUUACUGAAAUAAAAUAUGGUAACUUCACUGUGGAAUAA